CAGACUUCUGCGGGGCAGCUGUUGGAAGUGAACUGCUGUAGCUGAGUCAGUAAAUCUUCUCACCAGCCCAGGCUCAGUCACUAAGCUGGUGUGUCAGAGAGCCAUUUACGUGCUGGGGGGGAAUUACACUUCCAAGUCAAAUGCUGGCAUCGUGAGAAGAAGGAUCCGUCGGAUUUUCCCCUUUUAAAUUCUGUGGGAAUAUUGUGUUUGACAGCUCCUGUGUACAGCUUCAGCUUAAGGCUGGAGGACAUCUCCUCGGGAUGAUGAAGAUAUUUUCACCUUGCUCUAUCAUGAUUAUUGUUGCGCUACUUGUCGCCACCGUCUCUGCCACCAAAUUAAACGUGCCACGGCUGAGACUGUCCCACAAAGACCUGCUGUCCACCAACAGGUCAUCCAUCUUCAGCGGUCACCAUGGCCACCUCUCUGUUACCGCCGUCUUCCUGGAUGAAUACCGUGACCGUUUAUUCCUGGGCGGGAAAGACGUCCUGUACUCUCUCACGCUGGGACCUGUUAGCAGUGAAUCGAAAGAGAUCUUCUGGCCUCCAUUACCUGGCAACAGAGAAGACUGCAUUCAGACAGGGAAGGACCCACAGACAGAGUGUGCCAACUUUGUUCGCCUGCUGCAGCCCUACAAUCGUACGCACCUCCUGGCUUGUGGCACUGGUGCCUUCCAGCCCAUGUGUGCCUUCAUCUAUGUCGGGCACAGAGGAGAGCACGUGUUCACAAUGGACCCUCUAAAUGUGGAAAAUGGAAGAGGAAGAGUUCCACAUGACCCCAGCUUCCCCUUCGCCAGCACCUUCAGUGGUGGGGAGCUGUAUACAGGACUGACAGCAGAUUUCCUGGGAAGAGACUCUGUGAUAUUCAGAAGUAUGGGUGGUCGCUCCACAAUGAGGACAGAGACUGACCAGAAACUCCUUCAUGAUCCCAAGUUCAUUGCAGCCCACCUCAUCCCGGAUAAUGAUGACAGAGACAAUGAUAAGGUGUAUUUCUUCUUCACUGAGAAGGCCACUGAGGCUGGAGAAACAGAGGGGGCCAUACACACACGAGUUGGACGAGUGUGUGCGAAUGAUGUCGGCGGUCAAAGAGUGCUGGUCAAUAAGUGGAGCACCUUUAUCAAAGCCAGACUUGUCUGUUCUGUACCAGGACCUCAUGGAAUCGAUACUCACUUCAACCAACUUGAGGAUGUUUUCCUGAUGAGGACCAAGGAUGAAAGGAACCCAGAUGUCUAUGCAAUUUUUAGUACCAUCAGUAAUGUAUUCCAGGGCUUUGCUGUGUGUGUUUACCGCAUGACUGAUAUCAGAGAAGUUUUCAACGGACCUUUUGCACAUAAAGAAGGUCCUGACUACCAAUGGGGUGCUUAUGAAGGCAGGGUUCCUUAUCCAAGACCAGGCGUGUGCCCCAGUAAAAUCAUCAACCAACCUGGCAGGGAGUUUGGCAGCACAAAGGACUUCCCCGAUUCAGUCCUGCAGUUUGCCCGCAGCCACCCGUUGAUGUGGCGGCCGGUGUAUCCAGCCCUUCGUCGCCCUGUGCUUGUAAAGGCCAACAUUCCUUAUAAGCUGAAACAAAUAGUGGUGGAUCGUGUUGAGGCGGAGGAUGGGCAGUAUGAUGUCAUGUUUAUUGGCACAGAUAUUGGCACAGUGUUGAAGGUCAUUGCACUAAACAAUGGAAACAGUCUAGAGACAGAGGAAGUCACACUAGAGGAGCUACAAGUCUUUAAAGUGCCAACUCCAAUCACGUCACUGGAUAUAUCUGUGAAAAGGCAAGCCUUGUAUGCAAGCUCUCCACUAGGUGUGGCGCAGGUGAAGCUCCAUCGCUGUGAAACUUACGGGAAAGCCUGUGCUGAAUGCUGUCUUGCCAGAGACCCUUACUGUGCAUGGGAUGGAUCGUCCUGUACGCGAUUCAUUCCCAACAGCAAACGACGCUACCGCAGACAGGACAUCAGACAUGGAAACCCUGCACUGCAGUGUGUGGAUCAGAAUCUCAGUGAAGACCUUGAUGUAACAGAAGACAGAGUGGUCUUUGGUACUGAGAACAACAGCACCUUCCUAGAGUGUGUUCCUCGCUCCCCACAAGCAACUGUCACCUGGCUGGUCCAACGUGAUGACCACAAGGAAGAGGUGAAGCUAGAUGAUCGUGUGAUGUCCACGGAUCAGGGUCUCCUGUUUCGUAACCUUUUCCACCAAGAUGAAGGCGUCUACAUCUGCCGCUCUCGAGAGCACGGCUUCACGCAGACGUUGGCCCGCAUCACCCUCGAAGUCCUCCAAGGGGAGACCGUGGAUGAGCUCAUGUCGCGUGGACACACAGGAAACUCUGACUCAAUCAAAGACCGGUCUACAGGGACUUUCAGAGCCUGGAUGCCUUGCAGCGCGUACAGCAGGGGCGGUUCAUCAAGCCAAAUCGGCCAGUCGCGCAUAUGGUUCAAGGAUAUCAUGCAGCUCAUCGGGCCAUCAAAUCUGCCGCACGUGGAGGAGUACUGCGAGAGGAUGUGGUGCAAUGACAAGCUGAGGAGGAAACACAAAAGCAUGAUAGAGAAGUACCGCCAAGCACAGGAGAGCGCCAGGAAGACUCGUAGCAAGAGCUCUGGUGAACGCAACAGGACGCCGCGGGAUCUAAGGGCGUGGGAGGAGUGACAAAAAGAAGGCGAGGAGUGGAAUAUGAGAGCAAAAAUGAAAGUGGGAAAAAAGACAAAUGUUAGUUCAGGACAAGAUAAAUAGACAGGCAUAAAGACCAGCCUAAUAGUUUUUUGUAAAACCAUGGUAGAUCAAAGCAGCGUGUCUCUUUUGCUCAUUUUAACAAAAUGAAUUUUAGUGUGUAAAGAAAAUUAGUGUAUAAAGAAUCUGAAAAAAUGACAGUCAUGUUGGAUGGAAGCACAACUUGAGCUGAAAAACUGCAUGUGAAAGUGUAUGGGAAGUUUGGGGUAUUAUGAGGUUAGUGCAUAACUCGUGUGUUUCUGGCUUUCACCCGAAAAUAGACCGAAGUGUUCACCUGUCUGGAGGGAUGGCACAAAAAGAGACUCCAACUGAACUAAACGGGUUGUUGCUAAUC